AAGCAACUUGGGCAACUCUUAAAAUGUCUGGAAGAGGCAAAGGAGGCAAAGGUCUUGGAAAAGGAGGUGCAAAGCGUCACCGCAAAGUUCUCCGCGAUAACAUCCAGGGUAUCACCAAGCCUGCAAUCCGUCGUCUGGCUCGCCGUGGAGGUGUCAAGCGAAUCUCUGGUUUGAUCUACGAGGAGACUCGUGGUGUGUUGAAAGUAUUCUUGGAGAACGUCAUCCGUGACGCUGUCACCUACACCGAGCAUGCCAAAAGGAAGACCGUGACUGCCAUGGAUGUGGUCUAUGCCCUCAAGAGACAAGGCCGUACCCUGUAUGGCUUUGGAGGCUAAACAUUUCAAUCAACCUUAC